AUGGUCGGCAGAAGAAGCCUUGGAAAGCCGACAGACAGUCCGUCUAGACAGCUUAUUCACGACCUCACCAAAGAUCUCCAAGCCAUACGGUUGCACCACGAGGACCUCAAGCGAGUAUAUGACUACCGUACGCAGUCCUUUACCGCAGAGCAAGACGAGAUUGAUCGCAAUCACCAAGAGGUCUAUUACGCCGCCAUCGACAAGGCAUACGACUACUAUGAUGAGCAUCGUCGGGAAGCCGAGGUCGUUCUCCAGGACCAUCUUCGAGAGGAGGAAGAAAAACGCCGUCGAAAAGAAGAGGAAGAGCGCCGCCGCAAAGCAGAACAAGAACGACUCGAGCGUGAGCGAAUAGAACGCGAAGAAGCCGAAAGGAAACGUCAGGAAGAAGCUCGUCGAGAAGCAGAGCAGCGUGCUCAAGAAGAAGAGAAACGUCGUCUAACCGCAGAAGCAGAAGCCAAGGCACGCAAAGCCGCCGAGGAGGACAAGGCUGUCCGAGAACGGCAAGAAGCCGAAGAGAAGGAGCGUCAGCGUCAAGCAGAUUUACAAAAAGCCGAGGAAACAGAGAAGCAACGCCAAACCCUGGGAGCCAACAUAAACACGGAACAAGAGAUUAAAGAACACGAACAAUAUCUAGAACUGCACAAGUACUUGAAGGAACUGCGCAAAUAUGUUGUAGCAGAAGGAAAGAAAGACCAGACGCUCAAGAACACGAUAGGAGACCACCGUCGCGCCAUUAUUAAAUGCAUUGGACAGUUGAGAGAGGGCCAAGGUGCCAUUGCUAAUAAAGGCCAAGUGAACGAAAUCCGCGAAAUUCUUCGCAAAGCUCAAAUGAUCCCGAUGCCUUGCGAUGUUCGCCGCUUCUUUGUCCAGCCACCCGAGGAAUUUGCCAGCUUGUCCGAAGAAGAUGCCAAGGGGUCGGCAGUUUUCAUAUACUUGCUGAACAUCUUCACCAAGGCUGUUGUUUCCCAGCUCAUCAAUGAAGCUGGCGUCAAACUCGAAUAUGCAGAGCCAGUGGGUGUUGUUGUCGCUCAGAUUUUUUCGGCUGAACAGUACUCUUUCCGGGGACACGCGUUUUCAGACAUCUUCUGGGCCAAAUACCGCGCCGCCUGUCCAGCUCUAUGGGGAUUCUACGGGAACGAAAACACAGAGGCUGGUAGGAUAGCCCUUGGGUGGAAAAGGACAGAGUCUGGCGGCCCAUUUGUUGACGAAAUGGAGCAUCGUCAACGCAUGGUUGGGCUGGGGAGCGGCUUUGCAGCUGUCACGCUACGCAAUUUUGGGAAAACAACCCGCAAGAACCCAUUUCCAAACCAUAUAUUCUGGCGUACGGUCGCCAAGAUUGUUUUCAUUGCCCCUGAUGAGCUCCAAGACACUCACUUCUACAUCCUCUUCUCCAUGUUGCGUUUCUCGGCUGAACGGAUUAUUGGCUUUUGGGGUCAGGCUGGCAUGGCUCUUUUGCGCACUGCAAUUGUCAACAUUCCGAAUCACGUUACGAGAAAACAAAGUGGAGCCAUUGGCCAGCUCAAGGUUCUGAAGGGGCUUUAUGCUACGGAGAAAAGUAUUGUUUUUUAG